UAUUUCUACCAUGAACUCAAAUAGCCAGCAGAUGGCGCCGUUUCACUGCUGAAGAAUCCAUCAGUACCUCUCUGUGAACAUAAAAACGUGCCAAACCGAGUGCAAGCAUGCUGACUUAAAAUACCAGUGCCACCCCAGUUAUUCAGCCAGCUGCACUGAAGUCGAUCCAGAUGACACACCAGUUAAUGAGCCUCUGAUCUGGACCCGCUGGGACUGAGCUGCCACCGCUGUGUGGGCUCCACUCACUGGCCUCUGUUGGGCAUUUUACGCAGGUAGAAAAAAAAAACGGCCCUCCCUCCCACAAUUGUGUUGUUAUUGACCGGCGGAGGGAAAGAAGCGGGUCGAUAAGUGGAUCAGAUUUAUUAGCGGUGCAGAUUGGCUACAGUACGCCAAAUGUCAGAGGAGCCACAGUCUGCUGGACUACACACCGCGCAUUUCAUUUAGGUUAGAGGUGCGCCAGACAGUGUGUCUACAAGUGCGGCGUAAUUUCAAGUGGAAGGGAAAGUAAACCAGCAGGAUGGACUGGGUCAAGAUUGCAGUGUCCUUUCACAUUCUUCUAUGUCCUGCCUGGGCCAUAUCCCGCUACUCCUCUAUGGACGGCAUCCUGUCAGCCCGCUCAGUUCUCAAGAUGCUGGAUGAGCCACUGAGGUUUGAACCCUGUUGCCUCAUGUCACCGCCACCUCCACCGCUCUUCCCUCCGCCACCUCGGCUGUGGAAGCGAGGCAGCCCUGAUGGUAUCGGCGUCUUAGAGCCAAGUGUUUUUGGAGGCCAGGAAAAACAAAAACCUGUGAUACCUGGGUGUUCACCUGGACCUCCAGGACCUCCAGGACCCCAGGGCCCAGAGGGUCAGAGUGGAUUACCUGGCAUAAGAGGACCAAAAGGGGAGAAGGGAGAAAUUGGACGUCCAGGGUCAAAGGGACGUACAGGGGCUCCGGGCCUCCCAGGGAAACAAGGACUAUCAGGAUGGCCUGGUCCAGAGGGACCCAAGGGUGAGAAAGGGGAUCCAGGACUCAUGGGCUUACCGGGACUGAGGGGACCACCAGGGACAAAGGGUUUGCCUGGUUACAAAGGAGAGAAGGGAUCUCGUGGUGAUUCUGGAGCAGCAGGACCAAAAGGCGAUAAGGGUUCCAUUGGUUUGCCUGGAAUGCUUGGGCAGAAGGGUGAGCAGGGACCAAAGGGAGAGCAAGGAGUCUCAGGGAAAAGAGGACCUACUGGACGGCCUGGAAAGAGAGGCAAACAGGGCAUGAAGGGACACAGUGGAGCCGCAGGAGCCAUGGGCCCCCAAGGACCACCAGGUCCAAAUGGCCAUCCAGGACCACCUGGUCCACCUGCAUCAGGUCUCUAUCUAGUAGGGGAAAAGGGAGAGAAGGGUCUUCCUGGUCCACCAGGUCGCUGUGACUGUGAUUCCAUUGUUGGAGCAAAUAAUGCUCCUUUUGGAAGUUACACACAACGGGGUGGCUCUGAGAAAGUCCCUGCAAUAUUUGUGGUAAACAGUGAGGAGGAGAUGGACCGUCUACGUCUAGACAACGCAAUAGCAUUCAGGAAGGAUCAGAGGGCGCUCUACUUCAAAGAUAAAGACGGAUGGAAGCCCAUACAGCCCUUCCAAUCAUUCCAGUCCACAGAGAAAGUCCCCGACAGAGUUGGUGUGUGUGGGGACGGAAAGGUGCAGGCCCAGCAUGGAGAGGAGUGUGAUGAUGGAAACCAGAUUGUCACAGAUGCUUGUCUCAACUGUAAGUGGGCCUAUUGUGGAGAUGGUUAUCGUCAUGAAGGCAUGGAGGAAUGUGAUGGAAAGGACUUUGGUUAUCAGACCUGCAAAUCCUAUCUUCCCGGAUCUUUUGGGCAGCUCAGAUGCACCGACUCUUGCCUCAUCGAUUCCACCGGGUGCAAGUAUUUCACCUGAACUGGAAAGUGGAAGACAAAUGGCCAGAUUGCAACUUUGCAGUUCCUCUUUCUGAUCACAGGGAUUAUCCUUCAGAUUUGUACUGAAGUCUCACCCCUUUAAAAAAUAUAUAACCGAUGGACUGAGAGUACUAAAGGUACUAAAGGUGCCUGCUCUGAAAAGUCAUGGGGUUCAGCUUUGAAUCGACUGUCUUCCCUCGAGGUUUAAUUAUUUUAUUUUUCCUCAGGGUGCAGUUUUCUGUUACUGUCACUUCAGCGGCUGCAGUACUGUUAUGAACACUGGUGAUGGUGGGGAACAUUUUAAUGAUAUAAUGAUUGUACCAUAUCAAAUAGUUACAUUGUGUAUGACUUGCUGACUGUUGAUGCAGAAAUAAGCUAUGUUCUGAACUUAUUUUUUAACGGUAGAGAAAAAAAAAAGCCUUUUACAAAAGAGGCAAUGAAAUUAUUGAAACUAUUUGUACUGUAACAUGCAAAUCAGGGGUGUGUAAAUGUGUUUAUUCCUGUGCAAUGUAUUACAAAACAUGUAUUUAUGAAGUGCAAUGCUGUGAUAUUGCAUGUAAAUUGCAUCAGUGCACAGCUUUAACCAGUGCUGUAAAUGUACUAGCCAAAGUGAGUGUGACCCUCUUGAAGUAAACGUCCAAAUACCCGACAGAAGAAAAAUGAAUGUCAAACUGCAACAACAGCAAGAAAAAUGCCAGCGAUGAUCGCAGCAGCAUGAAAAUAAAAACGGCUCAGUUACAUCUAAAUGAAUUCAGUUAAAUGUGUUUAGUUGAUUAGCUGCCUGCAUGACUGUACAUUUCAUAAAACACUGUACACUAAUAAAAG